AUGGCGACGCCGAGCCUUGAAAUACCGGCUGAAUGGAAGAACGAGAUCGACAAGGUCUCGAGAUGGUAUGGGAGCGAUGAAAGAUAUUCGGUCGCUCACGUGCAAUCACCUCCCUCGACCGACGACGGUAGUUGGUUGGCCUUGGUCUUGCAUAUCAUAGGCAUGAGGGCGAGCGGAGAUAAUGGUGUCUUGUCCAGGUACCUCGUCGGUUCGCUCCAAAAAGAAGAGGUGUCAAAAAGCGAAUGGGACAGCGCUGGAUAUUCCGUGGGAAUGAGACCCGUGGUAUCAAGAUACGGUGGUAUCGGAUUCGUCUCGGACUUUAAUUGCAGAUACAAGCUGAUCAUCAUUGACGCCGAUCACUCCAAGAGCGUCGACUAUGCGAUCUCGUUGGUCAAGUGA